GCAGAUUCCAUCUCCUCGUCCCCCUUCUCCGAUCCGAUCGAUCGCGGAUCGCUGCGUUUCCUGGUUCCUCAGGUUUAUGGGGGAUUUUUUUGUAGUGGGUUACCUCCCCCCUUCUUGUUGGCGUGGGGGGAAUUCGAGGGUUUAGUCUUGGGGUUGAUCGGAGGCGAAAGCUGCGACAUUCGUGUGGUUAGGCCAGCGAUUCUCACUGCUGUGGUUCACGAUUUUUCCAAUUUCGUCUGAUUUGCCUUCCUUUUUCUGGUGUCUUUGUUAGGGCUCCGAUUCUGAGCCAUGAAAUGGAUGGAUCUUCUGAUCUUGUAGUUUUGAACACACGAUUUCUGUCAGUCGAAGUUGUGGACUCAGAUGGUCCCAUGUGUCAUCCACACAAGUGGCAACAUAAUCAAAGUGUCAAUGUUUGGAGUCCCAAAUAUGCAGUUUUCUCCUCUGUGAACUGGCAGCCAUUUGGGGAGCUGCACGAGUAAUGGAGGUUUAUUAGGAUUCCAGGGGGCAUCAGAAUGGCAUACUUCCCUGAGGAAGUAGUGGAGUACAUCCUUGGCUAUGUAACCUCACACCGGGACCGCAACGCCGCGUCCUUGGUGUGCCGGGUAUGGUACGACAUUGAGCGCCGUGGCCGCCGUUCGGUGCUUGUAAGCAACUGCUACGCGGUGCACCCAGAGCGUGUACAUAUGCGGUUUCCCAACAUGCGUGCACUGAGUGUGAAGGGUAAACCGCACUUUGCUGACUUCAACCUUGUCCCGGCGGGUUGGGGUGCCAGUGCAGAGCCAUGGGUGGAUGCGUGCGCCCGUGCAUGCCCAGGUCUUGAGGAGCUCCGGCUGAAGCGUAUGGUUGUGACUGAUGAAUGCCUCAAGUUGCUUUCUUGCUCUUUUACCAACUUUGAAUCACUUGUCCUUGUCUGCUGCGAGGGGUUCAGUACUGCUGGGCUUGCUAACAUUGCCACCAAUUGCAGGUUUCUUAAGGAACUCGACUUACAAGAGAGUUGUGUGAAACAUCAAGGCCAUCAGUGGAUUAAUUGUUUUCCCAAGCCUUCAACAUCACUAGAAUGCUUGAAUUUUUCUUGCUUGACUGGGGAGGUAAAUGCCGUUGCAUUGGAGGAACUUGUUGCAAGGAGUCCAAAUCUUAAAAGUUUAAGGCUGAAUCCUUCAGUUCCAAUUGAUGUCUUGCCCAGAAUCCUUUCUCACACACCUAUGCUAGAGGAUUUAGGUACAGGAUCUUUUGUACUAGGCAAUAACGCUGGUGCAUAUAUCAGUCUAUACAGAGCUCUUGGAAAGUGCACUUUGCUGAAGAGUUUAUCUGGUUUUUGGGAUGCUCCGGGCUUGUAUGUUCGAGGAAUGUUGUUGCCGAUUUGCAGGACCAGGGCCCUUACAUGCCUGAAUCUCAGCUAUGCUCCUUUGAUUCAGAGUGACCAGCUUAUCAGUAUUGUUCGUCAGUGUACAAGGCUCCACGUCUUAUGGGUAUUAGAUCACAUUGGUGAUGAAGGAUUGAAGGUUUUGUCCUAUUCUUGUCCUGAUCUUCAGGAGUUGAGGGUAUAUCCAAGUGAUCCAAAUGCUGCAGCAAGAACUAGUGUGACGGAGGAAGGGUUGGCAGCCAUAUCUUUCUGUCGGAAGUUAGAGUGUGUGCUCUUCUUCUGUGAUCGAAUGACAAAUACUGCGCUCAUCACUAUAGCAAAGUACUGUCCACUGCUAACAUCCUUCAGACUAUGCAUUCUGGAGCCUAGGUCAGCAGAUGCUGUGACAGGGCAGCCACUGGACGAAGGCUUUGGGGCAAUAGUGCAGUCCUGCAAAGGCCUGAGGCGUUUCGCCAUGUCGGGCCUCCUCACGGACAGUGUGUUCCUGUACAUCGGCAUGUACGCGGAGAAGCUGGAGAUGCUCUCCGUAGCAUUCGCAGGGGAUACUGACGACGGCAUGGUCUACGUGCUCAACGGCUGCAAGAACCUCAAGAAGCUGGAAAUCAGGGACAGCCCCUUUGGUGAUGCGGCUCUCCUUGCGGGCGCGCACAGGUACGAGUCGAUGCGCUCUCUCUGGAUGUCGUCCUGCGAGAUCACCCUGGGGGCCUGCAAGACCCUUGCGGCGGCCAUGCCAAACAUCAAUGUCGAGGUCAUCAGUGAGGCGGGGGCGAGCGUUGGUGCGACGGAUGAUGGCAUCAGCAAUGCGAGGAAGGUGGAUAAGCUAUACCUCUACCGGACUAUCGCCGGACCCAGGAGCGAUACGCCAGGAUUCGUUUCGAUAUUGUGAGCUGUACCUACUAACUACUGUAGUGGCUAAAGGAUUUAUACCCGGCUUUUUAGAACAACUCGACGUUCUUAACCAUAUGCCUGCUAUGGCUGUGCUACUCUGUCUCGUAGUGUUGGAAACACAAUGUGUGUAUAUAUCGUUCUGUGGAACUGAAACCUUGGUGCUAUGUGAACCUUGUUUAUGCCGGACACGUAAUAGAUCUUAAAUAGGAGUAA